AUGUCCGAGUCGACAAAAUCUAAAGCUGCUAAGAUCCUUGAAGCUGAAGAGAAAGUUCAAGAAGUAUUAGCUCAUAUUUCUCAACAACAACUGCUUCCUAUCCGCAGUAAAUCAGAGCGAAAUCGUUAUGAAACAUGGU